AUGUACACGGCCAAAGAUGUCAAAGCGGCCACAGACGAUUGGCUCAAGUUUGUUGGCAAAUGGCUGGGCGAGGUGCGCGCCGUCAUCGCCGUUACCAGCAAAAUGCCAUCGACGACAGAUGCUCAAAAGGAAAUUCGCGCUGACGUCUGGGUCGAAAAGAUCGGCGAGCUUGCCGAUCAGAUGGAAGUCCGGCUCGAAGAAACGUCCAAAUCCGAGUACUCGGGCGAGGUAAACAGUUAGUCUUGUUUUGUCGUCAACAUGCUUGUCUUCAUUCAGAUAAAUGCCGAACAAAACCAGCCAGUGAUAAAAACUCUGAUCAAUGUGACAAACGAGAUGAACGUGAUAACCGAGCGCAUGUACGGAGUACAGAAUCACUACGCCAAGAUUCGCCUUGCCUCCGUGUAAGCUCCGCAAAUACAGAGUGUUUCAAUAUUUUCAAUAUUCAGCGAAAGACAUCUUCUUGCGGUCUUCGCUGAUCAGGAAUCCGAAGAGGCGGCGUUGAGAAAACGAAUCGCCGAACUCGAGAUCAAAAUCAAAGAGAAGAAGGAGGAGAAGGCGCGCAAGGAGCAAGAGCGAAUCGACGCGGAGAACGUGGCUAUCGCUAAGAAAAGAGCGAAAGAGGCAGUCGACGGUCAGUUAAGUUGAAGAAAAGUGGGAAAACGUCCGAUUAGAGUUUUACAGGGGAUUGUAUGCGAAAAGAGCUCUUGCUCUGGAGAAAGGCACCCGCGACAAGAAGGAAUCCACGGAGAUUGUGAGCGCGUCCGACAACGACAACACCAUCAUUGAAGACGAGAACAGGAAAAUGAGAAGACGUUCGCGAAGUGUCAGCCGCAUGAUCGUCAAAGCCGUGAAGGUAAGGCAACAAAUUUGUACUGUAAUCAUCGUAAAAUCGUCUGCAGAAAACCGUUCGUCGCAGCGUCUCGGCGGUCAACCACUUCCUGGAAUACGAGGAGAACCAUCACCAGCAUUAG